GACAGCGCUCAGAGCCCUUGCCGCGAGGCGUAUACAUAGGCGUGGUAGACAGGUAAAAGAGAAUGUGAAACAAGGUUUAAAAGUGGAUCACAGCAUAUAAAUCUCUCAUUUUUUAUUUUGUUUGGAGGCGAGAGGACAUCGAAUAAAUACUGCACCAAGAGAACGCACAAGAUCAGACAGAUAGGAUCGCUGUGGUCUGAAAGAAGAGGCUUUCCUCACCAGAGAGCUGUGCUCGAGCCGCAGGGAACGAGGUGUAGCGUAACCCCAGUGAAACAGGACUCCCACGCUGCCGUCCGUCUGGAGCAUGUGUGAGCGCGCGGGGGACACGGUCCAGGCUAACCACCCAUAAGCACGUGCUACGCUCACCUGUUCCCUCCCUGCCGUGCACAAUGUCCGCUCACAACGACACGCCCGUCUGCUACUACGACCAAUCAGUGCAGUUCUUCUAUAACAAGAGUGGGAAGGUGAUCAGCCCGGUGUGGCGGCCCAAGGACCGGCUGGUGGUGGGCCUGGGCCUCACCGUCUGCAUCAUCGUCAUCCUCGCCAACAUCCUGGUCAUUACCGCCAUCAUCAUCAACCGCCGCUUCCACUUCCCCAUCUACUACCUGCUGGGCAACCUGGCGGCGGCCGACCUGUUUGCCGGGCUGUCCUACCUGCACCUGAUGUUCCACACAGGGCCCUGGACCAUCCGGCUGUCCAUGCGGCAGUGGUUUCUGCGGCAGGGUCUGAUCGACACCAGCCUGACAGCCUCGGUGGUCAACCUGCUGGCGGUGGCGGUGGAGCGGCACCAGACCAUCUUCACCAUGCAGCUGCACAGCAAGAUGACCAACCGGCGCGUGGCACUGCUGAUCGCGGGCAUCUGGGCGGUGGCCAUCGUCAUGGGGCUGGUGCCCAUGAUGGGCUGGCACUGCCUGUGCGACCUGGACAACUGCUCCACCAUGGCGCCCAUGUACAGCCGCAGCUACCUGGUGUUCUGGGGCGUGCUCAACCUGCUCACCUUCUUCAUCAUGGUGGCCAUGUACAUGCGCAUCUUCCUGUACGUGCGGCACAAGACCAGCCGCAUGUCACAGCAUACCUCCCAGACGCGACAGCGAGAGACCGUGGUCAACCUCAUGAAGACCGUCUCCAUGAUCCUGGGAGCCUUUGUGAUCUGUUGGACGCCAGGCCUGGUGGUGCUUCUGUUGGAUGGGCUACCCUGUGAUGACUGCAAUGUUCUGAAAUAUGAGAAGUACUGCCUGAUUCUGGCAGAGUGCAACUCCUUCAUGAACCCCAUCAUCUACUCCUUCCGGGAUAAAGACAUGCGCCUCACCUUCCAGCGCAUUCUGUGCUGCUGCCGGGGGACCUCUGACCAGCGCGGGGCGCCCCUCAACGCUCGACUGGAGUCGCUGAAGCAUGAGACGUCAUCCAAUGGGGAGAUGGAUUCGGAGGACAGGCCCAAUGGCACUCCGCUGCUGAUGCUGGAGCAUCCAGAGGACACGCCUCCCGGCAUGCACAGCUGAGAGACACAGGAGUGGCGGACAGCGCCGUAGCGCGGGUGUGUCCUGGAGAUGCCAGCCAGCCAAAUCUGAGACUGAGAGAGGCGAAUACAACCUCUGCCAGGCUACAGCAGCACUGAGCCAGCCCCACCCCCACUCAUACUGCCACACCCACCAUAACCCAGCCCC